AUGGGCUUGCUGGAGGAGCAGCACAACAUCCCCCUGCCUCACACAGCAUCCACUGCCAGUCCCCGUGAGCCCAGCACUGCAGUGCGCCUGCGUCCACCGCACUACCGCAUCCUUAAGAAGGGGUCCCCACCUCAGCCGCCAAGCACACAGGGGUCCGUGGAGCCCCCUCGCUCCUCGGAGCCCUCACAUCCUAGCCUCGUAGACAACAUCCCCAGAGCUACCGACUCCCGCCCGCCCCCCAAGGCCUCCUCUGACAGCGGCCCCGGCCCCACCGGACGGCGCCCGCUCCCCCGGGCUGGGGCGUGCCCCGCAGGGGCCGCGAGGGCGGGCUCAGGGCAGCAGAGGCCAGAGGCCGAGCCAGGCCACUUCCAACGGGGAGCUCAGCCUGCUGGACACUACCCCGUCCGCUCAGCACGCCCCGGCCUCCGACCGCUGCCAGCACCCCGCAUUUCGGGGUCCCAGGUUUCACCGCUCCGCAAGAUGGGGCCACCCGAGCAGCUAGGAAGAAAGGCUCGGGCUAGCGGAGGUGGAAAGACCUGCUCUGUCCGGCGCUGCUCUGCGCACGUCUCCCCAGCCUGCUUGAUGAGAGAUGCGCCACCGCCGCGCGAACCUUCCCUUGCCUGGGGGCGGAGCACAAAGAGGAUCAGCAGAUCGGGGCUGAAAACUGCGGAGUACAGGAGUGAGCUCUCUGGAGAAACUCCAAAAAUAAAUAAGAAGGCGGCCGUGGGCUAUAGCAUACACUGCUGGAUGUGGGGCUCUGAGCCGCCAAACGCAGUUCGGGAUUCGGUCAGUUUCUGUGUUCAGACGCCGACCUCAGCACCACGAGGGGCUCCUCAAAAAUGCUAAAACUGAAAACCCCAGAUUGAGCCGGAUCUGUUCUACUAGUACUAGUAGAAGGUGACAUAAAUGAGAGAAAAUAUGGUCACUAAAUAGGCAAUAAACAUGGCUUCCUAAUGCCAGAUGCCCAAAGGGACCUACGGGUCACCAAUAUUUUACAUCAUUAAUGUAUUAAAAAUUAACUCAAAUAA